AUGAAUCCGUGGGCCGCGCUCGACUUGCUCGACGAUGAAGACCUUUGGCCUUCCUCACCGAGACCUCCACCGGUCCAGGGAAAGCCAAGACGUACCAGCAAUCGGGACGCUGCCAUCCUCAAAGCUGAAUACGCAAACAAUCACGCACCAAACGCGGCCGAAAUAGCCCUGAUCGCCAGUCGGGUGGAGCUUAGUGAGAGUGAUGUCUGGUUCACGAACCGUCGCCAGAGAGAGCGCCGCAAACAUCAGGCUAUCGGGUCUACAAGACUAAAUUCGGAGGAGCUCACAGCCUAUCUCCGCAACAAUCCUACCAACCCUAUCCCUCCUCAAAUGAGCUCAGCCCCCAUCUCCGACGAUCCAUCUGCCUCUUCAGCCCGACACAACUCGUCUCUAGCGACGACCGAGCCCGUUGACCAACCAAUCUCGAGAGGCUUAAGCAUCCAUAGUCUUCUCAACCCCACCCCAGCAGACGAGGACGUCAACAUGGAGUCCAGCUCACCAGACACGACGGAUGGAGAGACACCAUCAUUCAUCUUCGGCGGGCAUGUGCCCGCCCGUGCAGGCAUAACUCAAGAGAAAAUGGCCGAGAAUUGUGACAGACAGCAGGAUGUGAGCAGAAACAAGGCCAUUCCUCUGGAGCCGUUGGAACCGUUGCAAAAGCUGCAACUGCGCCCGAUCCGGAUGUCGCCUCCUGUCUUCUUCGCGGCCAUUGAACCAAACAGUGUACAGGAAGAGAAGGAGAUGCACGAAAAGCUAGCGCCGCCGUUAUGA